CUACGUUUUACAGCUGUUUAGGGAACAGGCACUGACUUGGUGAAAAAAGAAGAUAUUUGUUCUAGAAACAGAACAUAUAUUGUGUAUAAGAAUAAGUGCAAGAGUUGUUCGCUUGUAUUAGUGGUGUCCGAACUUCGUUUUACAUCUCAUCCACACAUACGCACCGCCGCAAGUAAAGCGGAAACGUGAGCAAAGUUCAGUACAAAGUUGACGGAGUGACAAGAAGCAAACUUGCAAGAUGGAAACCCAACAACAGCAACAAAAUACGAUCGAGGCUGAUGCAACAGCCGAUACGUCAUUUCUGGCGGCCGCAUUUCGGGAAAUCUUCUACAGUCCUAUGAAUCUGGCAUUGCUCUCCAUCAUUUGUUUUCUGGUUUAUAAAAUAGUUCGUGAUCGAUGCGAGGGUCCGGGCUCCCGGGAUUCGGCACAGAAACCGGCUGAGCCGGAGCUGCCCAAAUUACGUCGUGAUUUUACUGUUAAGGAGCUGCGUGAUUAUGAUGGCAAUCAGCCGGAUGGCCGUGUUUUGGUUGCGGUCAAUGGUAACGUUUAUGACGUCACAAAGGGUAAACGUUUCUAUGGCCCUGGGGGACCAUAUGCUACAUUUGCUGGACGCGACGCAUCACGAAAUUUGGGCACUUUCAGUGUGGUGGCUAACGAUAAAGAUGAAUACGAUGAUCUGAGCGACCUUAGCACUAUGGAAAUGGACUCGGUGCGUGAUUGGGAAAUGCAAUUCAAGGAGAAAUACGACUUUGUUGGUAAAUUGCUGCGUAAUGGUGAGCAGCCGACGAACUAUGAUAACGAUAGCAACGAUGAGGAUGAGAAUAUUGACGCUGGCGGUAAGAAAGACAACUAAAUGGGGGAACGGGAAGGUGAAUGGAAGCACGGAAAACUUUUGUUGGUUAACGACGAUUAACAAAAAAGACGACAGGUGGCGUUCGAUUUGGCAAUCUAGUUUGAAUUUACACACCGAAACAACUACACACACCCUUACACCCACACUGGCUUAGGCAAGCUGUAAAAACAUUUAGUUCUAAUGGAAAAUUAUAUGAUAAGAUUUAUAUAUAUGUUUUAAAAAAUGUCUUAAAAAAGGUAAACACAUUUGUUGGUAUAUUAAAUCAAAGUUGUGCACCAAAUUGUAUGCUUAACUAUGUAGUAAAGAGAAAACAUAUAAACCCUGGCACUGAUCAUAAAUGCUCUACGAAACCACAUUAAAUAAAGCCAGAAAUACAUUAAAUGUCCAAA